GAGAGACGCCAUCAUGGUGAUCAGGUGGGGGAUUUGUAGCGCUGGAAAAAUCAGUCACGACUUUACAGUGGCACUGAAGAGCCUCCCACCUGAACACCACCAGUGUUUUCCAUGGUACAACCACCACAGUACUGUUUUAAGGGAAGAGUAGACUUUUAUUUAUUAGUGGUUGCUGUGGCAGCGCGCGACCGGAAGCGCGCACAGGAUUUCGCACAGAAGCACAGCAUACCACGCGUGCACGGUAGCUAUGAAGAUCUGGCGAAAGAUCCAGAGAUUGACGUGGUGUAUGUGGGCAGCAUCCACCCUCAUCACCUCCCGCUGGGCAUUCUCUUCAUGAACGCAAAAAAGAAUAUCCUGUGUGAGAAACCUUUGGCCAUGAACCUGAAGGAGGUUCAGGAACUGAUCGGCACAGCAAAGAAGAAUGACGUCUUCUUGAUGGAGGCUGUUUGGACACGUUUCUUUCCGGUCUCCAUGGAAAUCAGUCGGCUGCUGUCCCAGAAUGAGGUUGGGGAGCUGAAGAUGGUGCGUGCUGAAUUCGGCGUACCUAUCAUGCAUGUAAUGCGCUCCUCACAGAAGGAGCUGGGAGGAGGCGCACUGCUCGACAUCGGAAUCUACUGCCUGCAGUUUGUGCUGAUGGUGUACAAUGGAGAGAAACCGGAGUGUGUCCAAGCAACUGGAGUGUGUUUGGACACAGGUAGUGAACUCAUUACACUGCAGAAUCAGAGAGUAGAUGAAGGAAUGAUCAUCACGCUGAAGUUCUCUGGACACCGAAUGGCCGUGUGUACCUGCACCAUUGCCGCAGAGCUUCCAAACGAGGCCAUAAUCGUCGGUUCGAAAGGCACCAUCAAGAUUCCAGCUCAUAUGUGGUGCCCGACGUCUCUGAUUGUCAAUGGUGUGGAGACUCAGUACCCUGUUCCUGAACCCUAUCUGCCUCUGAACUUCAUCAACAGCACGGGCAUGCGGUACGAGGCAGAGGAGGUCAGGCAGUGUUUACUCAAAGGUUUAAAGGAAAGCUCACGCAUGUCUCACGCAGAUUCUGCUCUGCUAGCUGAAAUUAUGGAUGAAUGCAGGAGGCAAGUGGGUGUGGUCUACAGCCAGGACAGCCAUUGAGCUAUCACAUAGCUGCUUACAUAUUUCCUUACUUUUUUAAUAGAUCAAUAAAAGGUGUCAGGUGCUGUUAUGGUUGCUCUUUUUUUAUAUAUAUUGUUACAUUAGAGACUGCUUUGACCUUAAAUUGACUAGUGGUACAAAGAUGGCAGUAAGGCGCCUCGUAGUACUUUAAUGUGUCCCUGGGUAAGGAUGUGAUUUCUGCAACGAGCAUCAAAAUGACUUGACUUAUCACAUAGGUCAAGACCUCCUUAUAUUAAGGCUAUGACAAGACCUAAUAAAAAUGGUCUCAUUCAUUAAAGUUCUCUCAUUCCCUAGGAUGAGGGAACUAAACCAGGUCUGUGAUUUAAGUUACCCGUUUUUUGGUUUGUGAAGCAGAACCAGUUGAGAACGACUGUAUUAGUGAACUGACAGUCUAGGGGGUCAGGAUUUCAAGGGCAGGAAGACAAUUCUUAAUGACAGCUGCUCUAUUUUUAGCUUCACUUGUUUUUUGUGGCACUGCUGCUAACUGUGUAAGCAACCUUGUUCAAGGUCACUUAAAUUGCACGAUUUAACAGUGGUUUAUGCCAGUAAUCCAUCCAGACAGUAGUUAAACCUCAGAGACCUGCUACAAUCAGCUGCAAUCUAAACUUCUCAGUAGAGACAGCAGGGUAUAACAGACCACUUGUUGAAACAUGAGAGAGAAAUCACAACACUCAACAUGGCAACUCUAGGACAGGAAGACAAGGUUUUUCCAAUCAAGAGCAUUAUCUUCUUAUAAACCUUGUUCGGAGUAGUGCCAUAUUUGAUUUUUAAAAGGAAUGAAAAUGAGGCUGUGAGGGAGAGACUUACAGUCUAUACAAUGACAUUCUCUGUACACCAAUCAGCCACAACAUUAAAAGCACCUGCCUAAUAUCAUGCAGGUCCCCCUCAUGCCGCCAAAACAGCUCUAACAUGUCUAGGCAUGGACUCCACAAGACCUCUGAAGGUGCCCUGUGGUAUCUUGCACCAAGACGUUAGCAGCGGAUCCUUUAGUUGCGAGCACAUCCCAUAGAUGCUCAACUGGAUUGAGAUCUGGGGAAUUUGGAAGCCAAGUCAACACCUUGAACUCUUGGUCACGUUCCUCAAACCAUUCCUGAACAAUUUUUGCAGUGUGGAAAGGCACAAAAUCCAGCUGAAAGAGACCACUUCCAUCAGGGAAUACCGUUGCCAUAAAGGGGAGUACGUGGUCUGCAACAAUCUUUAGGUAGGUGUCAAAAGUAACAUCCACAUGGUCCCAGCAGAACAUUGCCCAGAGCAUCACACUGCCUCCACCGGCCUGCCUUCUUCCCAUGGUGCAUCCUGCUGCCAUCUCUUCCUCAGGCAAAUGACGCACACACCUGGCCAUCCGCGUGAUGUAAAAGAAAACGUGAUUCAUCAGACCAGGCCACCUUCUUCCACUGAUCCAUGGUCCAGUUCUGACACUCACGUGCCCAUUGUAGGCACUUUCUGUGGUGGACAGGGGUCAGCAUGGGCACUCUGACCGGUAUGCGGCUACACAGCCCCAUAUGCAGCAAGCUGCGAUGCACAGUGUGUUCUGACAUCUAUCAUGGCCAGCUUUACAGUAGCUCUUCCGUGGGAUCAGACCAGAUGGGCUAGCCUUCGCAAUCCAUGCGCAUCAAUGAGCCUUGGGCACCCAUGACCCUGUCGCUGGAACAACCGGUGAACUUCCUUGGACCACUUUUGGUAGGUACUAACCAAUGCAUACUCUGAACAUCACACAACACCUGCCGUUUUGUAGAUGCUCUGACCCAGUUGUCUAGCCAUCACAAUUUGGCCCAAAGUCACUCAUAUCCUUGUGCUUGCCCAUUUUUCCUGGUUCCAACACAUAAAAUUCAAGACCUUACGGUUCACUUACUUCUUAAUAUAUCCCACCCCAUUGACAGGUGCCAUUGUUACGAGAUAAUCUAGGUUAUUCACUUCAUUCGUCAGUGGUUUUAAUGUUGUGGCUGAUCAGUGUAUAAUGCUCUAAUUUUCACAGCUUGUGUUACUGGUUUUGUUUUUUUUCUCCCCAAAUUGUCGUCAGAUGUUCUUGAAACUAUCCAUAACCUCGACAAAUAGUUUUGUAGAUAGAAAACAGCUGCCUGGGGACAUUGCUAAAUUGGCGACUAAGUGGUCAACCUUGCUUUAAAAUGGACUUUACAAUGUCUAUUAAACUAAACAACAGUAGUCAGGACAAGUGCUCGACUCUUUUAUUAUUUCAGUCUUGAAUGACACAACACUUCAAAUUUAUACUAUAAUUUUUAGAUUACAUCUUGCACCUAGCAACAAAGCAGAUAGACCUAAACACACACAAACAAACAUACUGGAGCGGCAAACAUGAACAAGUUCAACAGCAAUCACCCAUUUUGUUUUCUGAAACAAAAUUCAGCCAUUCUUUACUUGGUUGAACUAGCGUGCGCAUCCCAACAUUUACGCUCUCUUGGGUUAGCCAAAAAUACAUCUAUAUAUAGCAUUUAUUACCCAGUCUGGGGGGGGGGAGAA